GUUCAGUGCGCUUGCGCUGACAGACGCAAGAUGGCGGACAGUGCGGAACUAAAGCAAAUGGUUAUGAGCCUUAGAGUUUCUGAACUUCAAGUACUGUUGGGCUACGCUGGGAGAAACAAGCACGGACGCAAACACGAACUUCUCACAAAAGCCCUGCAUUUGCUAAAGGCUGGCUGCAGUCCUGCUGUACAAAUGAAAAUCAAAGAACUCUAUAGGCGGAGGUUCCCCCAGAAAAUCAUGACGCCCGCGGACUUGUCCAUCCCCAACGUACAUUCAGGUCCUAUGCCAGCAACUUUGUCUCCAUCUGCCAUUCCACAGCUCAAUUACGAUGGUCACCCUGCAUCAUCACCGUUACUCCCUGUUUCUCUUCUGGGACCUAAACAUGAACUGGAACUCCCACAUCUUACAUCAGCUCUUCACCCAGUCCAUCCGGAUAUAAAACUUCAAAAAUUACCAUUUUAUGAUUUACUGGAUGAACUGAUAAAGCCCACCAGUCUAGCAUCAGACAACAGCCAGCGCUUUCGAGAAACCUGUUUUGCAUUUGCAUUGACACCACAACAAGUACAGCAAAUCAGUAGUUCAAUGGAUAUUUCUGGGACCAAAUGUGACUUCACAGUGCAGGUCCAGUUAAGGUUUUGUUUAUCUGAAACCAGUUGUCCACAAGAAGAUCACUUCCCACCCAAUCUUUGUGUGAAAGUGAAUACAAAACCUUGCAGCCUUCCAGGUUAUCUUCCACCUACUAAAAAUGGUGUGGAACCAAAGCGACCCAGCCGACCAAUUAAUAUCACCUCACUUGUCCGAUUAUCCACAACAGUACCAAACACCAUUGUUGUUUCUUGGACUGCAGAAAUUGGAAGAGUAAGUAAAUUUUUGUUUCUCCCAUGUUUUUGUAUUAUAAGGAACGGUUUUAAGGAGAAAUUGACUGCGGAUCCAGACAGUGAGAUAGCUACAACCAGCCUAAGGGUUUCUCUACUAUGUCCACUUGGUAAAAUGCGUCUGACAAUUCCAUGUCGGGCUCUUACAUGUUCUCAUCUGCAGUGUUUUGAUGCAACUCUUUAUAUUCAGAUGAAUGAGAAAAAACCAACAUGGGUUUGCCCUGUCUGUGAUAAGAAGGCUCCAUAUGAACACCUUAUUAUUGAUGGCUUGUUUAUGGAAAUCCUAAAAUACUGUACAGAUUGUGAUGAAAUACAGUUUAAGGAGGAUGGCUCUUGGGCACCUAUGAGAUCAAAAAAGGAAGUACAGGAAGUUCCUGCCUCUUACAAUGGAGUUGACGGAUGCUUGAGCUCCACAGUAGAGCAUCAGGUGACUUCUCACCACCAGUCCUCCAAUAAAAAUAAGAAAGUAGAGGUGAUUGACCUCACCGUAGACAGUUCAUCUGAUGAAGAGGAGGAAGAGCCUUCUGCCAAGAGGACAUGUCCUUCCCUAUCUCCCACAUCACCACUAAAUAAUAAAGGCAUACUAAGUCUUCCACAUCAAGCAUCUCCAGUGUCCCGCACCCCAAGCCUCCCUGCUGUAGAUACAAGCUACAUUAACACAUCUCUCAUCCAAGACUAUAGGCAUCCUUUCCACAUGACACCCAUGCCUUAUGACUUACAAGGAUUAGAUUUCUUUCCUUUCUUAUCAGGAGACAAUCAGCAUUAUAACACCUCCCUCCUUGCCGCUGCAGCAGCAGCAGUUUCAGAUGAUCAAGACCUCUUACACUCGACUCGGUUUUUUCCGUAUACCUCCUCACAGAUGUUUCUCGAUCAGUUAAGUGCAGGAAGCAGUACUUCUCUGCCAGCCACCAAUGGAAGCAGUAGUGGCAGUAACAGCAGCCUCGUGUCCUCCAACAGCCUAAGGGAGAGCCAUAGCCACACCGUCACAAGCAGGAGCAGCACAGACACGGCGUCCAUCUUUGGCAUCAUACCAGACAUUAUUUCAUUGGACUGACUUCCUUGACCCUGCUGCUCCUGUCCCCACCCCAGAGUAAAUGAACGUGGCAGAAAGAAGAGAACUUUGUGCUAUGUUUUACCUUAUUCUGUUUAGAAAAGUACACAAGCGUGUUUUUUUCCUUUUUUUUAGGGAAAAAAUUAAAAGAAAUGUACAGAGAACAAAACUAUAUUUUCAGUUUUACUUUUGUAUAUAAAUCUAAGACUGCCUGUCUGAUAAAACACUUGUAAAAAAGAAAAACAAAACAAAAAAAAAAAAGGAAAGAAAAGAAAAAAAGAAAAAAAACAAGUACCCACAAACCACCUUCAGUUCAAUUUUUCUGGAUUCUGAAGAUUUUUUUUUGGUCAUUUGUCCUAUGGUUUUGGUUUUAUUUUACUUCAAUGGCAUUAUUUUAUUUGCAAUAACAGAAAAGGAAUUGCAUGUAUGAAGUUUUAAAUUGUGGGCUUUUCUUUGUGGGGAGGGGGCUGCAGGGAUAGUUUUAAUUUCCAUUUUCUAAAAAUGACAGACUUGGAUUCUGUUUGUGUGUGUGCAUAUUUUAUCCAGCCUUAAAUUAUAAAUCUCAUCUGUCCCACUGCAUUCCCUGUGUAUUUUCAGGACAUAGCUUGUGGGUGUGUGUGUUCAGUGUGUGUGUCUGUGUAUUUUUCUGUCAUGACUGUUCCUUCUCCUCCCGAGUUUGCAUUCAGUUGAUAAAUCAGUUGCCUGCUUUUUCAAAGUGCUUUGAAGGUCUUGAACUCACAUAUGAGCAUCUUUAUUGACUAUCCCAAUUGCAUGUUCUCCAUCACAUACUCUCUCUUAUUUGCUAGAUAUCCCUAAAAACAUACCCCAUAUGUUUUUCAGAGAUUGGAGUAAAGCUGUCUGGGUAAGGAGUAGGCUUAGCAACCUGUGAGUAAUACACUUUAGUCUAGUUCUUUAUUCUAAAUUUGGAUUGCCAGUAUUAUGUAUUUAAACCAAGUCUGUGAACACCUGCUUUUUUGGCCACAGGGUAAUAAGUUUUUAUGUAAGAUCUUCAUACCAAAGUAGGAGGUAAAAAUAGUUUAGAAAGCCCUGUUGGGUGUUUUUGUGCAGCUGACAGAGGUAAAAUUACAUCACCUCAAAAAAGAAAAAAAAGAGAGAAACUUAUCCUAAAAUUAAAUUUAAAUUCUCUUUGGAAAAGACAGUGUACCACACAUGUCAAUCUAUAGAAAUCUGUCUGAUAAACAGUCAAAAUUCAAAAUGGGCUUGAUCCUUAGUCAUUUUACUCUCUGGUUCUGAGUGUACUUAUUUUCUUAGCUAUUGGGUUUUUUGUGUGUUUUUUUCUUCUUCACCUUUUGAAGACAAGCAUGACAUAGGAAAGUCAAUUUUUUUUAGAAUUCAUGGGUCAGUGAUCUAUUCUUACUAAUAAUGGAACAUGUAAAUAUAUUGAAAACUGUUUUUCAGGAUAUGAGUGAGGGUUGAAGGGAAGGAAAAGUGGUUCUACUUGUGUUCCAAAAUCCUCUUCAGAGGAGGUAUUACGUUUUUCAGGUAAUAACUGAAGGUAUGGGAAAUAUUUCUUAGCUGAUUAAGAGGUUUAGCAGGUUUAACAGAAAAGAUAAAGAAGGUCCAGUUUUCCAUACUGGAUUCUUGUAUCACAGCUAAUGUUCUCAGAGUUGAUGAAGGACCACCUUUGUGUAUAAGAGUGUUGCUUUAAACCUUGCAGUGGUAACAAAAAGACCUACUAGAUAUAGGUAGAAUUCAAGAUGGCUGUAUCUGGUUGUAUGAUAAAAUUAAUGGUUCACAUGACUAUGUGGCAUCUAAAAAUAAUAUGUUUUUUACAGCAUCUCUCUGCCACUAAAUUGUUGACUUGAAUUUUGAAAAACAAGUUGGUGUUGAUAUGUAUAUGUGUGUGUGUAUAUAUGUAUUUAUAGACAAGUGUGUGUGAGUGACAAGUGAGUUAUAUAGUCUUCCCCUACGCAUGUGUAUUCCACACAUACAUGGCUAAACAAUUCGUAAUAAAAAAAAUUCAUUGUCGGUUAAAACAGGAAAUAGUUAAGUUUUUAAAUGAAUCUGGUGUUGUGGUGAGUAAAUACUUUAAAAACUCUCAUUGCCAUGUUAACUUAGGCUAUUGUCUAAUAGUAUGGUAAUUUGUGUCUAAAUUCGGAUCGGGAUAGAAAUUACUUAAAUUGUGGGAAGUUGCUUCCUUAUUUCACAUUGCAGUAGGAAACAUUUAUAUUCAACUACCUAAGGUAAAAUGAAUAGUUUUCUUUAUUUCUGUUUUAUUUUCUUUUUCUGUCAUCGUUAGUGGCCUCAAAAUUCUGAUCAAUAACUUUGUGUAUGAUGCUGAAUUACAAACUCUUUGAAUGAUCCAGUUGAAAACCUGUUCCUCUACGUUCUUCAGCCCAUUUUGGAGAGGGUUCAUUUCCACUCAGUGUCCUGCAUUAUACCAACCCAGGGGAAGAAUAGACGAUAGGGAGAAAUAAACGUCUGUCUAGUGGCUUUGGUUAUGUCUCCACAGGAGAAAUGAACCAUUCAGUUGUCUAUUUUAGUUCAUUCCACUCUAAGGAGGUUUGUUCCCUUCAGUUGACUUUCCAAAGUGUUGGCAUUAGUAGUAGCCAUCACUCUGUUUGUCUCAUGACCGAUAUUAGUCAAUCAGACUUUUAUGAUCUGUAGUAAUUAUUGGUAGUCAUGCACUGCAUCUUUAUCUUCUAAGUUUAAAAAAGAAAAAGCACAUAGUCAUUUCAUUUAUUUGUUCCUUAGCCCGCCCUCACUCCCCCACCCCUGCCAACAUUAACAUGCUGUUUGUGGACAGAUAACAAUUAGGCAAGUGGCCAUCACCCCCCUCCUUGGUGUUUCAUAGUCAGGUGUGCAUAUGUUUGGGUUGCUGUACAGUACUGUGUGUGUAUCACAUCUUUGGUAAAAUAGCUGUUUGACUAGCAGGGUUGAAGUGGCUUUUAGUUACUUUGUGGGCAUUAUUGGACACAUCUUUUUAAAACAAUCUGAACUUUAACCAUGCCACAUUUGUUGACUAAUUUAUUUUGAGCAUUAAAGUUUUUCUACUUUAUUAAUUUAGACAUUAUCACAAUUCUAUAUCAUUACUGACUUAGGAAAGAUUCACUUAAGCUUCUGAAAAAUGUGAUUUCUUGGCAGAUUUUCCUUUGAGUCAAAUGUCUGAAACUGAAUGAAAUAUAUCCCAAUUUUAAAUUGCUAAUUGUGGAAGGAACACUGUUUUUAAAUAAUUCCAGUUUUAAAUACAUAAAACACUUCAAUAUCUUCAGGACUUUAAAGCACAUUUGAAAUUAUUUUAGUAAGAAUUUUGUUUUAUCAAUACAUGUUGAAUUGUUUUUUAAUUUAAAAAAGCUUAGAUUUCAGAAAGAGGGAAGGAGAGUAGCUGGUGGUCCCAGAGUGUGCUGCUGUUAAUUGUUUAAUUAACAAAGGGGAAAAUGUAUAUAAACAGAUAUAAAAGUUACCAUAAAUUCCAUGAACUUAAAUCUGUGAUUCAUUGCCUUAAAACUUUCUCUCUUAGAAUUUCCAUACCGCAUGCCAAACCAGUAAAAUGGCUUUUAAAAAUGUAUAGUAGACCAAUGUCGGUUUGUAUAAAAGUACCAAGUGAAAAUAUUUAUUACAUGCAUUGGAAAAAAAAAUUGUUUACCUAUUGAAUGUUACCUGUUUAUGUAGAGCUCUUUAGAUGUAAUAAAAGAAAAGCCUUCAGUUAA